CAACAACCCACCAUACCAGCGCUGGUGACCAUGUCCAACCACGACCACGACAUCUUCUGCUCGAUAUGCGGCGAUUCCUUUCUCGUGCCACAUGUGCCCGAGCCUGAUGAAGAGAACGACGGGGUCGGGACCGCCAGCUCUGACGAGGUGGAGGACCGUGAAGCUGCGCAGUGGCGGUCCGAGGCCGCCCUCCUGAGCGACCCGGCCAAUGAGUUUGACCUCCACGAGCUGCACUACCGCGCGGGCAAGCGCAAGACCCUUGUCCCGCCCCCGAUCGAGCUCGAUGUCGACGACGUUGAGAUCAGGAUUGAGCCAGCCACCUUUGUGCGCCGCAAUGUCUUCCGCAUCCACGCCGCUGGCGGCUCACCAUCGGAGACCGCAGAGGAGGAGGAGGUCGAGACCAACGACCACGUCGGCCAUGACGAGCACGGCAGGUGGCUCUCAACCUACCGCAUCGCCGUCCACGCAGCCUGCCUGCGCGUCGCGCAGGACUUCAUCCGCGCCCAGAAGCGGUCCUCGGUCGCCACGGCCGCGCGGGUGACGAGCAUGCGCACGCUGUGGAAAGCCCUGCGGAUGCGCUGGGAGACACUCGACGCGAUGCUGAUGCUCUCAAACGGCUCAAUGGGGGCGCCUGCAUUUUCCGUGCUGCGUAAGGAGAGGGUGUACCAGUACCCGCCAUUUGUCGAAUAUCCCCAGCGCGAUCCGUCCUGUCCGUCGCUCUUCGCAGGCCCCGAGAAGAUGGCCGCGUGCAUCGUCAACAUGGCAGUCCCGCGCGGGAGAGAGGCUCUUGACUGGGAUGCGUGGUGGACGAGCUUCCGGGCCAGAUUCGACGCCCUGCCGCAGGAACUACAGGACAUCAUCACCGGCCUCAUGGCCAGCGGCGGCGACAUGGCUUUUGAAUGCAACCGACUAGUCUCGAACGAGUCGUGGAGCGACAUGCUCGUCAGGGGCCAUGUUCUGCCUUUCAUCGGCGCUCUGGACCGGGAUGCCCUGCUUAAAGCAGAAAAGACACGCAUCUCCGCAGGGGACGGAGGGGACGGGAAUCAGCCAUCACUCGACUGGGAGAAGCUUGUUCGCUGGCUCACAAAGGAGAGCUCAUGGGUCACGACGGUAUGGACGUACAAGAUCUCGGGCUGGUCAGAGUUCAGGUUCUCGGUACCCGACGACUUGUGGAGCAGGAAGUGGAGGUGGGAGCUGCUACAGCACAUGUUUGUCUGUGAUGUGCUUCCGCGGCACAAGAACUGGAUGAUCCGCGAGACGGACCUCGUUGCAAUUCCCCGUUACUGGGACGAGGCAGGACGAAGGGUGUAUCCGAUUGAGAGAUUAUCUGGAGAGGCAGCCUCCGAGUCUUGAUCCGGCGGGUUUAGAAGGAUCUUGCAAAGGACGAUAUUUAGCGAAUUCUACGUAAAUCAGAGAGUAUUUACAGCUGCGGACAGAAUGAGCCAUUUCG